UUCACAAGUUGCAUUUGGAGAAAAUGUUCCGCUACGCAAUAAUCUCAGCUUUGUGUUGCUUCGUGCAACUCCAAGCGGAUGAUAUUCCUCCGAGAAUAAUCAUCAUCGGAUCUGGACCAUCGGGCAUUGCUGCAGGCACUCGCCUCUUGGAAAAUGGUUUCGAGAACGUGACGAUUCUCGAAGCUGAGAAUCGCGUCGGUGGACGGCUCUAUUCCAAGGAAUUCGGCGGUCAUACAGUGGACAUUGGAGCUCAAUGGGUUCAUGGAGAAAAGAACAAUGCUGUUUUCGAAAUGGUUUGGCCACUCGGACUUGUGGAAAGAUCGAACCCCGUAAGAUAUACCUCGAUAUACGAUUCUGAAGGGGUCAAAAUGAACGACAACGCUGCAAGUGAUUUGAUAGAACAUUACAUCGGUCUGACCUCGAUGAGCGUAACGGAUGAAUACAAAGAUGGUACCCUGGGCGCUUGGUACACACACAAAUUGGACGAAUAUUUUGAAGAACAUCCAGAAAUAAAGGCGGAGCAACGCGAACCGUUGAAAAAAUCGUUAUGCUUGAUGGAAAUGGCUUUGGACGCUGCUGACAGUUGGUUCGACGUCGCAGUCGAUAAAGAUUACGAAGAGUGCGAAGGAGACCAAAUGAUCAAUUGGAAGAACAAAACGUACGGUUCCGUCAUCGAUAUUUUGACGAAAAAGUUCCCAAAUCCUGCGGAAGAACUUCCCUUCCGAGCCAAGACGAUUCUCAAUACCGAAGUGACGAAAAUCAAUUACAACAAUCCUGAUGGGGCAGUUCGUGUGGUGACUAAAAACGGUGACGAGUACGUCGCCGACCACGUUAUUUUCACUCCGUCUCUCGGCGUUUUGAAAGCUGAUCAUGAGAAACUUUUCAAUCCUCCCUUGCCGGAAUUGAAAGCCAAUGCGAUUAAGACACUUGGGUUUGGAAGCGUCGCGAAAAUCUACUUGAAAUACGACGAACCUUGGUGGCCCAUGAAGGAGUCUGUGAUGGGCAUGCAUUUCUAUUGGACCGAUGAAGACAGAAAAAAAUUGGCGAACGAUGCAGAGAAAUCUUGGUUCCUGGGCGUUUAUGCAAUCAUCACCGUUGAACACAAGCCCGGAUUGUUGUGUUGUUGGGUCACUGGUCAACAUGCCCGGGAAAUGGAAGCUGUUUCCGAGGAUAAAGUUCUUGCUGGAGUAAAAGAACUGAUUCAUAAAUUUGUGGGAAAAAGUUAUAACAUCACCGAGCCUACGGCAAUGUUAAGGAGUCGAUGGUUCUCGGAUCCCCACUUCAGAGGAACCUACAGCCACAGAACCCCGGAAUCCAAAGGCGUUGAUAGCCCCCGGGCUCAAAUCGCAGAACCGAUAAUGGGGCAAGAGAAACCUCGAGUCAUGUUCGCUGGGGAGGCGACUUCCACUCAUCAAUACUCGACGGUACACGGUGCCAUCAGUACUGGUUGGCGUGAGGCUGAUAGACUGAUGAAACAAUACGGUCACGAAGUAACUGAAAAACCAAAAACUUCAUUAUUCUAUAAACAUUUAUUUGUGUACGGUGACAUCAACAAUAUGGAGUGGGGUCACUUAUCGCUCCCAGUUCAAAUGCAAUCAUGCGAUAAACAUUAUGAUAUAACUACUUUAGACAAAUUUCACCAGCUGCAUUUGAAGAAAAUGUUCAGCUGCGCGAUUAUCUUAGCUUUGUCUUGCUUUCUGCAACUCCAAGCGGAUCAAGCUUCUCCGAGAAUAAUCAUCAUCGGAUCCGGAGCAUCGGGCAUUGCUGCGGGCACUCGCCUACUGGAAAAUGGUUUCGGGAACGUGACCAUUCUCGAAGCUGAGGAUCGCAUCGGUGGCCGCCUCUAUUCCACGGAGUUUGCCGGUUAUCCAAUCGAUAUCGGAGGCCAAUGGGUUCACGGAGAAAAGGACAAUGCCGUAUUCGAAAUGGCAUGGCCACUCGGCGUCUUGGAAAAAUCGGAUCCGCAGAGAGAUACAACGAUGUUCGAUUCAGCCGGGGAAAAAAUGGAGGAUCGAGCGGUGAAUGACUUGAUAGAUUUCGUAUGGGGGAACCUCAGCUCGAUGGCCGUAACGGAGGAAUACCGAAAUCGUAGCGUGGGCGAUUGGUACUCGCACAAAUUGGACGAAUACUUUGAGGGACAUCCGGAAAUAAAACCGGAGCAACGCGAACCGUUGAAGAAAUCAUUGUGCUCAAUGGAAAUGGCUUCGGACGGUGCUGAUAGUUGGUUCGACGUUUCAACCGAUGAAGAAUACGAGCAAUGCGAAGGGGAUCAAGCGAUUAACUGGAAAGAGAAAACGUACGGUUUCGUGAUCGACCUUUUGACGAAAAAGUUCCCAAAUCCUGCGGAAGAACUUCCCUUCCGAGCCAAGACGAUUAUCAAUACCGAAGUGACGAAAAUCAAUUACAACAAUCCUGAUGGAGCCAUUCGUGUGGUGACUAAAAACGGUGACGAGUACGUCGCCGAUCACGUUAUUUUCACUCCGUCUCUCGGCGUUUUGAAAGCUGAUCAUGAGAAGCUUUUCAAUCCUCCCUUGCCGGAAUCCAAAGUCGAUGCGAUUAAGGCCAUCGGGUAUGGAAGUGUCGCUAAAAUUUACUUGAAGUAUGAAGAGCCAUGGUGGCUCCCAACGGACCAUGUGAUGGGCAAGAUUUUUCAUUGGACCGACGACCAUAGAAAAAAAAUGGCCUCGGAUCCAGUCGUUUCUUGGUUGCUGGGUGUUUACAGCAUCAUCAGCGUUGAACACAAGCCAGGAUUACUGUGUUGUUGGGUCACAGGUCAACAGGCUCGGGAUAUGGAAAGGGUUCCGGAAGAACAAGUUUUUAAUGGAGUUAAAGAACUGAUCCACAGAUUUUUGGGAAAAAGUUACAACCUCACAGAACCAACGGCAAUGCUCAGGAGUCGAUGGUUCUCGAACCCACACUUCAGAGGAACUUACAGCUACAGAACCCCGGAAUCUCAACGCGCCGGUAUCGUGGCAUCUCAAAUCGCAGAGCCAAUAAUGGAACUAGAAAAACCCCGAGUCAUGUUCGCUGGCGAGGCCACGUCCAGUCACCAGUAUUCGACGGUCCACGGUGCCAUCACUUCUGGCUGGCGUGAAGCUGACAGGAUAUUGAAACAUUACGGUCACGAUGAAGUAACCAAAAAACCGAAAGCUUCAUAAACCAGCGUAUUCAUUCAGCGUAGAAAAAAUAGCUUAUGCAGACCCAGGCAUGUCGAAAAGAGUCGCCUUAAUUGAUGCUACGGAAAAUGUAUGAUCGUUCGAAGCAAUCUGGAAUGAAAAUAAAAGUGAAAUAGUUUUUGACUCCAACACGAUUUCCAACGCCCCCGCGCAAAUUUUAAGCACCAGUUAUUGGUUUCAAUCGCUUUCUUUACAGCGAUAAAAAAAAUAAAAAUUUGUUUGAAAAAUAUGUAAGUUUUCUCGGGUCUGUUCUACGUGGAUAAGAAAUAUUCUAUGUCAAGGGGAAGAUUUUCUAGUGUUGUGUAAAAAAAUAAAUAAAUAAAAACACCGGAAAGGAAA